AUGAGCAACUCAAGAGAUUUUACUGUACUACAGUUUCCAGGAACUCCGAAUCCUGUGGCGCGACUCUACGUAGCAGAUUUGGCAGAUCCAAAGAAUAUUCAUACGAAGGUAGUGAAACCGCCAUCUAUCAUCGAGCAUGUAGAACACUAUUUUACAUCGGCUUCCUGGGUGUCUUUAACGGAGGUGUGCAUAAUAUGGUUAACACGAGCUCAGAAUGUUUCUGUUGUAACUAUUUGCAAAAGCCCAAUGUGGCAUUGCCAGGAAAUUCAGAGGAUAAUAGCUGAACAUCGUGGAUGGGUGGAUACUCCAACUGAACCACCUGUUUUCUCAGUAAACGGAAGCAGUUAUAUUGCAAUAAGUCCGGUUAAAGAUGGCCCAGCGGGUUAUUAUAAACAUAUUGUUUGGGUAAACGUUGCUCGAAAAUUGGUUGUUCCUCUUACGCAUGGAAAAUUCGAGGUCACCCAAAUAGUAGCAUGGGAUCAAGUAAACAAUACAAUAUACUUUAUAGGUAUUCCACCCAUGCGGCCAGGUCAGAGACAUCUUUAUUAUGUGAGUUCACUAUUACCGCAUAUAGGCUCGGCUCUGCACCCUGCUGUUUGCAUUACUUGUACAGAAGCGUCAGAUGGAAAUUUAAAUGACUAUCAAACAGUUCUAUCUCGUCAUCACAGUACAUCGUCUGAUAAUAAUUAUAUACAUGAUCACUACGAAACACAUACAGAGAGUACACCCAAUAUGGAAAAAGAACAGACAAAUGAGAAAGUUUCAAAAAAACAAAAACUAAAAGCACAUGUACCACCAACAUUCAUGGAAGAACCUUGUCAAUAUCAUAAUGCUAUUUUUCCACGGGGGAGCACAAACUAUUUCGUUUUAGAAUGUUAUGGACCUAGUAUACCGACAGUUUCAUUAUACAAAACAGAAUUACCCAUGCCACGGCUUAUUUAUGUAUUACAGAAUAAUACACAGUUACGUGAAAGAGUAGGGAAUCUUGCACUUCCGCAAAUAAAAACAUUUCCUGUUCAAAUAAGUGGCGGUUAUAACGCACAAGUACGGUUACAUUUACCGCCCGGCUUGAGAGAAGACGAAAUAACGCGGUAUCCUUUAAUUGUCCAAGUGUACGGUGCACCGGGCACGCAGUUAGUAACAGAAAUGUUUAAAAUAGACUGGAACACUUACUUAGCUAGCAGAAAAAAUGUGAUCAUCGCUCAAAUCGACGGCAGGGGUAGUGGAGGUCAAGGUUACAAAUUUUUGCACGAAGUCUACUACAGACUCGGCUCUGUAGAAGUGGCUGAUCAGCUCGAAGUUACUGAGUAUUUACGAGAUUCGUUGCAUUUUGUGGACAAACGACGUGUUGCCGUAUGGGGUUGGAGCUAUGGAGGUUUUGUGGCUGCUCUUGCUUUGGCAUAUCCUGAACAAGAUGUAUUUCAAUGUGGUAUAAGCGUGGCGCCUAUCGUGUCCUGGAGACUUUACGAUUCCGCUUAUGCCGAAAGAUAUAUGGGAUUACCAACUGUGGUGUCAAAUUACAAGGGCUAUGCUGAAUCAGAUGUGUAUGAUAAAGUGGAAUAUUUACGAAAUAAAAUGUUCUACCUCGUGCACGGCACUGCCGAUGACAACGUCCAGUUCCAACAAUCAAUGACGCUUGCACGGCAUCUAGCUAGAAAGGGCAUACUUUUUCGACAACAGGUCUAUCCAGACGUGAGUCAUUCAUUAGCUGGAGUUAAAGGUCAUCUCUACUUGUCAAUGGCACAAUUUAUAGAUGACUGUUUUCAGAAACAAAUGCCCACCGACACGAAAGCGGGUCUUAUCAAUGGUGGUACUAGUUUGUAGUUCUAUGUAUAUAAUGUGAUUCAAAAAACAAUCUAAGAUUUGUGAA